AUGGCUGACAAAAUCAAAUUAAUUAUUCAAAAACGGACGUCUUUAAAAUCACAACUCACUAACUUGAGUAAUAUUCUCGACAAAGGUAGUGUUGAUCGUUCCUUAAUAAAACUAAGAAUGAAUCGUAUCACCGAACUGUAUCACGCGUUCGAAGGAUAUAACGAUGAGCUCGCGUUGUUAGAUCCGAGUGAGGCGCAUCAAUCCGAAUUUGAAAACGUACAAGAACGUGAUUAUUUAAUCGCGAGUAAAGUAGAAAAUAUUUUACAUCCGCCUGAUACAACGGAGACAGAAUCUAACGUGUCGAUUAACGGAACUCGUAGUGACAGCACGGAAACAAUAAUUAAAAAUCGACGAAUCAAAUUACCGGAAGCUUCUUUACCGACUUUUGAUGGAAAGUACGAGAAUUGGCUGUCGUUUAAGAAUGCAUUUGCUAACAUGAUCGGCUCCCGAACCGAUCUGUCCGAUAUUGAUAAAUUACAUUAUUUAAAAUCAGCUUUGAUCGGAGACGCAGCAAGCAAAAUUCGAAUAUUCGCAAUUGACGGGAUCAAUUAUACUAAAGCAUGGGAAUUACUUGAACGCGCCUACGAAGUCAAGCGGAUUUUAAUAUCGCGACAUUAUUCGAUGAUUCUCAAUUUGCCCGCGAUAGACAAGGAAUCUACUAGCGGGUUGCGCAAACUUGCGGGUGACGCAUAG